UGAGUUUUGUAUUUUGUUUUGCACCUUUGAAAAAGUUGAAAUUCAACCUGUUUUGGAAUGCAUUUAUGUCCGUUAUCAUUGUAAGUCAAUUUUCUAGACUAUUAUAUUGCGUUUUAAGUAAAACUUAAACUCAAAGUAUACUGUAAUUCAAAAAGAUCUAUCAUAGUUUUACUUGAGACGUUUUUGGAUUGCUAAUUAUGUGGAGUCAGCAAUUUAAACGUGAAAAAUAGAUUAUCAGGUCAAAGAAGUUCUUGCAAAUUUGGCAUUUUGAGUUUAUUGGGAAAAGUGUUUGUCAUGUUUUGCUUUCCAAAGUGUAAAAUUUCUUGUAAACAAUAAGCUAACAGCAAUGAAUUUUGUUACAGCGUAUUGUAUACAUCAUAAUAUUUUGAUUUAGUUUGAGGGCAUGCUGUAUUCAUGACGAGGAGCUAUAGCAAUUUUCUUCUUCGUUGGAUACGUCAGGUUGUUUAUGAAAUUAUUAAUCAAAUUCCUCGAUAAUCGUUUUUAGUCUUCUUCACAAAGUUAGCUAGCUGGCUUCAUCUUCAGAUCUUUACUGAAUUAGUUGAUCCUUAGCUGAAGAAAAUAUUUUCCACAUCAUCAUCAUAGUUAAUUAUUACUUUGUAAAAACAAAUGAAAGAGACGGGUCUCUGAAGAGAUGUGCCUAUGGCAGAAACGGCUCAAGAAAGACAAGAAAAUGAACUCGAAGCUCUCAAGGCAAUAUUCGGCGCACAACUCAUCAGCACAAAUGAGUGUCGCAACUCAGAGGGUGACACGUGGUCGCCGCUGGAGUGUGUGCUCAGUCUGGGCCCUCAGCAGGGCAGUCACUGUGGGCCACAGGAGAGUCAUGCUUUCAUCAAAAUACGAAUCGUGUGCGGUGUCGACUAUCCUGAAAAACCGCCGGAACUAUUUGUACAGGAAAGCAAGGGAUUGUCGACUCUACAGAUAUCGACACUACAAAACGAUCUUAAACAGUUGACAGAGGAGAAUAAGGGCGAAGUUGUCAUCUACGAGGUCGCCCAUUAUAUUAUGACCUACUUGCACCGAUACAGCCGUCCAGGGUUCGAGUCCUUCUACGAUGAAAUGCUGGCUAGAAAGAGACUGCAGCAACAGAGAGAGGCUGAUCGUCGACGGGCUGUUGAGAACAAGAAGAGGCAAGAGAUGAUUCAAGAAAUUCAAAGUAAACAAGAAGCCAUGAGACUAGAAAAUAACAAGAGACGGAAAAAUAGUUUCAUAGAAUCUGAAUCAGACGAUGAAUCUCAAAACACAAGAUGCAAGUCACAGUCUCCAACUAAGAAGACUGCCCACAUCAGUGCUGAAGCUAGGAAGACAAACGAAACAAAGGUGAAAGAAGAGGAGCUUGAGAAGGAAUCGGAGUGCAAGGAAGAGGAAGAUUUCUGUCCGUGGACUUUCUCUUCUAAAGGAAAUUCACGAAUUGAAAGUGAAUUUCAAGUGUUGAAGUGGCUGGGUGAAGGUGCAUUCGGAGAUGUGAUCAAGGCUCGCAACAAAUUAGACGGUUGCCUGUAUGCAAUCAAAAGAAUCAAGCUGUCUUCAACCACCAAUGUUCUCUACAGGAAAAUCACGAGGGAAGUCAAACUGCUGUCAAGACUUAACCAUGAGAAUGUCGUCCGUUACUUCAAUUCGUGGAUUGAGUCAGCAUCGGAUUCUACCGAAAACUCCAGCGAGUGUUCUCCCAAAUCGGAGGAGAGUAAAAUUGUCGAAAUGCUUCCAAAAAAGGAGUUGACAUUGGAUUGGAGCGUGGGAAAUGAGGGCGUGGCUAAUGCUAGUUCUGAUGAUGAUAGCUCUGACGAUGAGUGUUGGAUCACUUUCAUGCCAGGCGUGGACGAUUCAAGCUCGUCGAUCGCUGAGGAGUCGAAGAGUUCGGAUAAAGAAGAGCAACCGUCGAACGGAGAUGGUGGAAGAGAGACAGCGAAUGAGAGAGAAAGAGAGCAAACAGAUGAGACGACUACAACAACUAAUGUCACACCUCUGCACUUCAUGUAUAUCCAGAUGGAGUUCUGCGAGAAAAGUACAUUGAGGAACGCCAUCGACGAAGGCCUCUAUUUGGAGGAACCACGAGUCUGGCGCCUCUUGCGAGAAAUAGUUGAAGGCCUGAGUCACAUUCAUGGCCAGGGCAUAAUUCACCGGGACUUGAAGCCGGUCAAUAUUUUCAUCGACUGCGAUGAUCAUGUCAAAAUCGGUGAUUUCGGUUUAGCCACUUCGAAUAUUUUCCACAGUGCCUUGAAGCCGGGUGGCGAGCAAGGUGGCCUCCUGGUGGGCCUUGCUACAAAAUCCCCGGCCGUAAGUUCUUCAGCGCAUGCGCAGAUGGGCACAGCUCUGACGUCACACACGGGACAAGUGGGCACUGCGCUUUAUGUGGCUCCCGAACUCAACACGUUUGGAGUCAAGGCGUCCUAUGAUCAGAAAGUGGAUAUCUACAGUCUUGGAGUGAUUUUUUUCGAGAUGUGCUAUCAUCCAGUUAGCACAGCUAUGGAAAGACUGAAAAUACUCACUGAUCUGAGACAGCCGGACUGUAUUUUCCCGUCAGAUUUCUUGGAAGAUAAGAAGCCUGAGCAAGCUCAUGUAGUCAGAUGGCUGUUGAACCACGACGCAUGUAGACGCCCGAGUUCACAGGAGUUGUUGCAGUCUCCGCUGAUUCCUCCGCCCCAACUGGAGGACGCCCAGCUGCAGGAGAUGGUCAGGCAUACACUGUCGAAUCCACAGAGCCGCGCAUACAAGCAUCUCAUCGCUGCUUGCUUCAGUCAGGAACUAUCGCCGGCGCAAGACGUGACCUUCGAUAUGUCGCCGAGUGUUCGCGGCGCGUCGCACGCGGCACAGAUCGAGUUGGUCGCCGAGAAUGUGCGCACUGUGCUCAAACAACAUGGCGCCGUGCACCUGCCCAUGCCUCUGUUGACACCGGCUGCAUCACACGCGGCGACCGGAGUCGUACGACUCAUGUCGCGCUGGGGUGGCGUGCUGGCCGCGCCCUACGACCUGCGACAGGCGUUUGCGCGACACUUGGCGCAGAACGCGUUUGUCGCGCGACUCAAGCGGUAUGCGAUCGAUCGCGUCUACAGGGAGAGACGGGUGCUCGGGUUUCAUCCGAGGGAACUGUACGAGUGUGCCUUUGAUAUUGUCACGCCUUCUUCCGCGCCUGCGACAUUGGCGGCCGCCGAAGCGGAGUUGUUGUUUGCCGCUAGACAAAUAGUGGGUACUAGAUCCGGCAGUUGCUUCAUAAGACUGAACCACAUGUGCCUCGUCACAGCUGUGUUGCUCCACUGUGGCAUCGACUACUCGAGUCAUGAGAGAGUGUGUUCGCUCCUCGCCAAAACCAAGCUGCAGGAAGGAGGUAGCAGCAGUCGCGCAUCGGCUGAGUCGGCACUGAUCGGCAGUGAUCUGGCUGAACAGACUGUGGCGAUGCUGAUCUCCCUGUUGACCAAGGAGGAUUCCUACGAGCGGUUGUCUGCGUGGCUGCGUCCCCUCGUGCAGAAAAAGGCCAAGUCGGUCUGUCAGCAAGGACUGCUGCAUCUCAAACAGCUGAUUGAGUAUAUCGGGUUGCUGGGAGUUGAGUGGUCAGUGGUUGUAAGCCUGGGUCUGAUUCACGAGCUGCGAGACUACUCGGGGGUUGUGUUCCAAGUGGUGUGGGAUCAGAGAGGCAAACAGGGGCGCACUGAGCGAUGUGUCAUCGCAGCCGGCGGACGGUAUGACUCCAUGAUACAUCGGCUCAGGUAUGUACCAAUUUUGAUAUGAAACAAUUUAAGAUUU